AUGUUUCGAUUUUCCAAAAUUAUUGCUCCUAAUCUUAUAAAGAGUUUACAGCAUAAACCAUUGCAGAAUGAAAAUGCAUUUCUCGUCUUUUUGCAAGGAAAGAAAUUUUUAUCAGAUUCCGCAAACGAAAAAUUUGCUUUAAAACAUGAAGAAAUCGGUCGACCACUUUAUUUUGACGCACAAGCAACGACUCCUAUGGAUCCAAGAGUUCUUGAUGCGAUGUUACCAUAUCUAGUCAGCUUCCACGGCAAUCCACAUUCUAGAACACAUGCUUAUGGCUGGGAAAGUGAGGCAGGAGUCGAAAAAGCAAGAGAACAAGUUGCCAGUUUGAUUGGCGCUGACCCUAAAGAAAUCGUAUUUACAUCUGGAGCCACAGAAUCAAAUAACAUUUCUGUCAAAGGGGUUGCUCAUUUCUAUGCACCAAGGAAGAAGCAUAUUGUGACCACACAAAUUGAACACAAAUGUGUACUGGAUUCCUGCCGAGCUUUAGAGGGAGAAGGUUUCAAAAUAACAUAUUUGCCUGUAGGGCCAAACGGAAUUAUCAAUAUGAAAGAUCUGGAAAAUGCUCUCACACCUGAAACAAGCUUAGUGUCUAUUAUGACUGUCAAUAAUGAAAUAGGUGUAAUGCAACCAAUCAGUGAAAUUGGAGCUUUAUGCAAAAGCAAAAAGGUAUUUUUCCAUACUGAUGCAGCACAGGCAGUUGGCAAAGUGCCACUAGAUGUAAAUAGCAUGAAUAUUGACCUUAUGUCCAUAUCUGGUCAUAAAGUCUAUGGACCAAAAGGAGUGGGGGCUUUAUUUAUCCGGCGACGACCAAGAGUACGUGUUGAGCCGAUACAAAGUGGUGGAGGCCAAGAAAGGGGUAUGAGGAGUGGAACAGUACCAACACCUUUAGUUGUUGGAUUGGGUGCAGCCUGUGAGUUAGCACAGCGCGAAAUGGCUUACGAUCAUGCAUGGAUGGAGACUUUAGCCCAAAGAUUCUUAGACAAAAUUUACUCUAAACUAUCACAUGUCAUUAGAAAUGGAGAUCCAAAACAGACAUAUCCGGGAUGCAUAAAUUUAUCAUUUGCAUAUGUUGAAGGUGAAUCAUUGUUAAUGGCAUUGAAAGAUGUGGCUCUAUCAAGUGGUUCUGCUUGCACAUCAGCCUCUCUCGAACCAUCAUAUGUUUUAAGAGCUAUCGGUACAGAUGAAGAUUUAGCACAUAGUUCUAUAAGAUUUGGACUAGGAAGAUUCACAACAAUCGAGGAAGUAGAUUACACAGCCGAGAAAACAAUAAGACAUGUAGAAAGGCUUAGAGAAAUGAGUCCUCUUUGGGAGAUGGUGCAAGAAGGAGUCGACUUAAAAAAUAUUCAAUGGUCUCAGCACUAA